GAUGGUAAUUACGUUAGCCAUUCUGCGGUCAAGCAGUGAUGGAGUAUCCGUUUCACGAUCAAUUCAGAAGGUUGCCGUGAAAACCAGAGCAACAUAUUUAUGAAAUCCUACAAGACCAAAACUUCAUGGACUGCAGCACGCCCUCAUGAUGUCCUCGGAAGCACCGGGACACGAACCAGCAACAAGCUGCUUUUUGAAUGAACUGUGACAAGGUGUUAUUCUUCCUCCCCGCCCUCUUUCUGUCGUCUGUCUUCCGGGAACACUAAUAGGCUCCAUGCAGAGUAACGUGACCAAUUGAAUCAUUCUUGGCCCGGAGCUGGAAGUUGCCGAUCCGCGGUGCAGAGAGCGUCGCGCUCACUCCAGCUGCAGCAGCAAAAAAAAAAAAAAAACACUCAGUGGUGACACAAACGGUGUUUGUCUCAGGACUUCUCUGCGAUUAAUACCCUGUCCUGCCAAAGGAACUACUACAGCAUUCCUAUCGGUUUCGUCGGCUUUUUUUCCCCCCUUUGGCAGACCUCAGACCAGUUCAUUGGUGAAAAGGUCAGCGGGCCCCUCUCGAACCCUGACUGCAGAUUGAGGAUCUAGAAAGAUGACAAGCAAAUCCAACAGCAGCGCUCAGGACAGCAAGGUGCCUUCCUCCCCUCUUCUGUCAUCAGCAAAGAGGCAACGUCUGGUCACCAAAGACGGACGCUGCACCCUUCGCCCUCCGCUGUGUCCCUCUGGUUCAUGGCUCGGAGCGUCGAGCCGGGCCUGGCUUUUAGCCCUCCAUGACAUGUGGGGACAGUUGGUGGGUUUGCGCUGGAGAUGGGUCCUCUUGACCUUCUGCGCAUCCUUUGUGGCCCACUGGCUGCUGUUCGCUUGUCUUUGGUACUUGCUGGCUCACAUCAACGGAGACCUAGAUGUGCUGGAUCACGACGCCCCGCCGCAGGGGCAUGUGGUUUGUGUGAAACACAUCACCAGCUUUGCAGCCGCUUUUUCCUUUUCCCUUGAGACGCAGCUCACCAUCGGCUACGGCACCAUGUUCCCCAGUGGCGAUUGUCCGAGUGCCAUAGCACUGCUGGCUGUGCAGAUGUUGCUGGGGCUCAUGCUUGAAGCAUUCAUCACAGGUGCAUUUGUGGCCAAGAUCUCUUGUCCUCAGAAGCGAGCCGGAGCCAUCCAGUUCAGCCACCAGGGUGUGGUGGGCCAGCACCAGGGCCAAACUUGCCUCAUGUUACGGGCCACAAACCUGCUGCGGCGUCCUCUGGUCGACGUGAAGGUGAGUGCCGUGCUCUAUGAGGAGCACGAAGGCCAACCCCUGCACCAAACCUCCCUGGACUUCUACGUGGACCACCUGGGCCAGCAUCCCUGCCCCUUCUUCAUCUUCCCACUUACUUUUUACCAUCCCUUGGACCACCGUAGCCCCCUCUACCCUGCCCUGCGUGAAGGCACGUCCAAUCACUUUGAACUGGUGGUGUUCCUGUCAGCCUCGCAGGAGGGAACAGGGGACACCUGCCAGAAGAGGACCUCCUACUUGCGGCAGGAAAUCCAGUUUGAUCGUUGCUUUGCGCCCGCCUUGGGGCUGGAUGCCUGCGGAAGGUAUGUGAUGAGCAACCAUCACUUUGACACGAUGCACUCCAAGGACCCUCUGGACAAGGACUGUGUUGUUCAGAUCAACGGUGACGGCAGCGACAGGAUGGAGUAAGGAUACUGGAGAGGAGGUUACAUUGGGACAAAAGGGCAGUUCGUGAGGUACAAUUGUGGAGGGUAGAUAUGGAUCAGACGGUAUUUUGUCAGCUGGAAAGUAGAUGAUUUGGGGAAAUUACGGUUUGUGUUGAAUCAUUUUUAGUUGUUAACCAUUCAAUGUUCCCAGAGAAUGAUACCAGAUGAACCUGAAGGGGCUCUUUAUUUUCCGUGUUUCACUCUGUGGGCCCAAUUCCGAUUAAAGUCCAUCAAUCCAGUUUCGUACUGCUUUUGCUUGUGAACGAGGGAACUUGAGGCAGGAUGGACUGGCCAGUCAAUUGCAUUCACAUUCAUGGGCCCAGGGAGAACUGAGCCAAGAUUCAGACUCUCGAAUGUAAGGCAGCCAUGCCUUCCACUCAUCCUUCUGCCACGAAUGCACAUAAUCUAAUACUGUAAUGUGCCAGAUGCUUAUUUUCACUAUCUGGACAUUUCUUUGUGCAGUUCGUAUGCUUGCAUGGAUUUCCUACAGAUUCUCAGUCCCCUCACCCAUUCACGAAAAACAUGCAUGUUAAGCCACAUGCACGCAUGCAGACACUUCAAAUGUGAAAGAUGUGUGUUCUUUCCACCGCCAGCCAAAGUUUGGUUCUGACCACACAAGUAAAAAUUUGUGAUCCUUUGACAUUGUCUUACAAUUGUCUGCCACAACAUUUUUCCAAGAAAGUAGUGAGGGGGCGGAAUUGCUGAUUAGACCACCCAUGCACACAAACUCAUGUUCACUCAAUGUUCGCAAUUGUUUUACAGGCAUCCCAUCAUGCGACCUUUGUUGAUUUUAAUCGCAAUGGAGGCAAUCAGCGGAAAAUUUUGUACGAUUAAUGGGAGGUGUGUAUCCAAAAUGAGGGAAUACAAAAAUCGUUCAUGUCUCAACCUCAAGUGACAUCACAGAUUACAACUGCUGAUGGUUAUUUUUUUUCCCCCAAAAAAUAUGCACCAGGGUCAACAUCUACAGUCACAGAAUCUUAUCCGCUUCCAUUAAUACUGUAGAGUAAUGUCUGUACAACCCCACUCGAGUCACACGCAGAGAACCAUGUUCCAGCAUUUUUUUUAUUUGGUACCUUCUAUACAGUCGCGCUUUCAAUUGGUUCAUAUCACUAUACUGUAGAAGACAAACUUAUGACAUUUCAAGCAGCCAAACCGUAGGCUAUUUGAUUAAAGCUGAAGUUAUGGCAGCUUUAAUACUGUGUGAUUAUGUGUCGGCAUAAAAAGGACACUUUAAAAAACAGCCAAAACUACAGUUACCUGUGAAUAUCUUCGCAAAAAGGCUUCAAAGUACCUUUCAUGAAGUAAUGACGUUUGUCUUGAUGAGAUCAUCUGCCCCAUUGUCUUUCCAUCAAGUCAACGAAGACAUUCAGAUUACACUGGUGACUGCAAACAUUCAAAUGAACAGCAUAUAAUGUUUUACAUGGUCAGCAACUGCCAGUAUUCCAAAAAUAGCCUCAAACACAUGAUAAAGCAAAAAAGGUACACUUCUAUUUCACAUUGCAUGUUUUUUUUCUAACUCUAAUUGAGAAAAUUGAAUAUUUAUAAGUAGGAAUAGUGUGCAAAGAGGUAGUAAAAAUGUAUAAGGUUUGUAUGUACGGUAAUGGAAAGAAGGGACAGAAAGCAAUGACUGUCAUCCUUAAAGGGCAUUGAUGCUGCUGAUCUGUGACCAUCAAACACGAGGCUGGCAUGAUUGAAUAUGUCCAUCCAAUGUCAAUUCUUUAGUUGCAUAAUAAAACAAACAAAAGUAAGAGCAGAGUUGGGUUCCACACAGCAAGGCCAGAUCAAACUCAGAAAAUCUGAACCGUGAGAAUGGUGCGCAAAACACUCGCUGCUUCACCCAAACUAAACAUGUGAACUAUCAACACGGGGGGAGAAAUUACGAACAAACAUACGAUCUCGUUUAACAAACAAACUGAAUCAUGCGACUGGGGAAACAUCGUAGCUUGGGUUUAAGUGGAGAGUGUUUUGAUUGAAAAGGUUUCAUGAAAAACUUUGUGGUUUGGAUGCCGCUACAAUGGCCAACGGCAGUCCUUUAUCUGUCUGACAUGUUCGAACAGAGAAACUGAUGAAAAAGUACUGACAACUGACUGAUUUGUAGAUGACUACUUUUAAUUUUGAAGAAUCAAUUGCACAAAUCAUCAUGUGAAUCAUAGUAUUUAUUUAUCAAACAUACAUUUUUUUUCUGUGUGCUGUGUUAUAUAAUUGGGUGCUUGUAUUGUCAGCAGAAUGAUGGAGAAUCACUGCACAAUCAAUCUGUGUUCAAUAAAACCUUUUUAGCUGCUUCGGCUAAAUGAAAAGGAACACUCCACCACGUAUGAUUGGGAUGGGUGAGAUGUCACGGUGUCUCACAAGUUGUGGUGCCUUUGUACAGUGUACAUUACAAGAAAUAAAUAUUUUCUAAACAA